GUUCGCUCGCUCGCGCGCUCGGGCGGGCGGGCUGGGGAGACAAGUCGAGUCCCCGCCGCAGCUGUGGGAGAAGCCUGGGUGUCUGCUCGGCCUCGCCUGGAUUCCCGUAAUCCCCGGGCCCCCAGCCCCUGGCCGGGCCAUGGCGGAACGCGGGGUGGCGGGCGGUGGUCCGGGAGGCGCCGGGGGCGGCAGCUGCCAGCGGGGUUCUGGGGUCGCCCAGUCCCCGCCGCAGCAGCCGGCGCCGCAGCAGCCACCGCAGCAGCCGACGCCCCCCAAGCUGGCCCAGGCCCCCUCAUCGUCCGCGUCCACCUCGGCAGCGGCCGCCUCCUCUUCGACCUCGUCCACCGCCACCUCCAUGGCCGUCGCGGUGGCCUCGGGUUCCGCGCCUCCCGGCGGCCCGGGGCCAGGCCGCACCCCCGCCCCCGUGCAGAUGAACCUGUACGCCACCUGGGAGGUGGACCGGAGCUCGUCCAGCUGCGUGCCCAGGCUGUUCAGCUUGACCCUGAAGAAACUCGUCAUGCUGAAAGAAAUGGACAAAGAUCUUAACUCAGUGGUCAUCGCUGUGAAGCUGCAGGGUUCAAAAAGGAUUCUUCGCUCCAAUGAGAUCAUCCUUCCAGCUAGUGGACUGGUGGAAACAGAGCUCCAGUUAACCUUCUCCCUGCAGUACCCUCAUUUCCUGAAGCGAGAUGCCAACAAGCUGCAGAUCAUGUUGCAAAGGAGAAAGCGUUACAAGAACAGGACCAUCUUGGGCUAUAAGACCCUGGCUGUGGGACUCAUCAACAUGGCAGAGGUGAUGCAGCACCCAAACGAAGGCGCCCUGGUGCUUGGCCUACACAGCAAUGUAAAGGAUGUCUCCGUGCCUGUGGCAGAAAUAAAGAUCUACUCCCUGUCUAGCCAGCCCAUUGACCAUGAAGGAAUCAAAUCCAAGAUGUCUGAUCGUUCUCCUGAUAUUGACAAUUACUCUGAGGAAGAGGAGGAGAGUUUCUCAUCAGAACAGGAAGGCAGUGAUGAUCCAUUGCAUGGGCAGGACCUGUUCUAUGAAGAUGAGGAUCUACGGAAAGUAAAGAAGACCCGAAGGAAACUAACUUCAACCUCUGCCAUCACCAGGCAACCUAACAUCAAACAGAAGUUCGUGGCCCUCCUGAAGCGGUUUAAAGUUUCCGAUGAGGUGGGCUUCGGGUUGGAGCAUGUAUCCCGGGAGCAGAUACGGGAGGUAGAAGAGGACCUGGAUGAACUGUAUGAUAGUCUGGAGAUGUACAACCCCAGCGACAGUGGCCCUGAAAUGGAGGAGACAGAGAGCAUCCUCAGCACUCCAAAGCCGAAGCUCAAGCCCUUCUUUGAAGGGAUGUCGCAGUCCAGCUCACAGACGGAGAUUGGCAGCCUCAACAGCAAGGGCAGCCUCGGCAAAGACACCACCAGCCCUGUGAGCAAGAUGGAAUUGGCUGCUCUAGAAAAAGUAAAAUCUGCUUGGAUUAAAAAUCAAGAUGACAGCUUGACUGAAACAGACACUCUGGACAUCACUGACCAGGACACGUUUGGGGAUGUGAGCACAAGUCUGGUUGUGCCAGAGAAAGUCAGAACUCCCAUGAAGUCCAGCAAAACAGAUCUUCCAGGCUCUGCUUCUCCCAGCAAAGUGGAUGGGGUGCACACACCCCGGCAGAAGAGGAGCACACCCCUGAGGGAGCGGCAGCCCUCCAAGCCCCUGAGCGAGAGGACCAACAGCUCUGACAGUGAGCGAUCCCCUGAGCUGGGCCACAGCGCACAGAUUCCGCGAAAGGUGGUAUAUGACCAACUGAAUCAGAUCCUGGUGUCAGAUGCUGCCCUCCCAGAAAAUGUCAUCCUUGUGAACACCGCUGAUUGGCAGGGCCAGUACGUGGCAGAGCUGCUCCAGGAUCAGCGGAAGCCUGUCGUGUGCACCUGUUCCGCUGUGGAGGUCCAAGCCGUGCUGUCUGCCCUGCUCACCCGUAUCCAGCGCUACUGCAACUGCAACUCCUCCAUGCCACGGCCGGUGAAGGUGGCGGCAGUGGGAGGCCAGAGUUACCUGAGCUCCAUCCUCCGAUUCUUUGUCAAGUCACUGGCCAGUAAGACCUCUGACUGGCUCAGCUACAUGCGCUUCCUCAUCGUUCCCCUCGUUCACUUCUGGUUUCCAUCUACAGGUUCUCACCCUGUGGCCAAAUACUUGGGCUCAGUCGACAGUAGAUACAGCAGUAUCUUCCUUGAUUCUGGCUGGAGAGAUCUGUUCAGUCGCUCGGAGCCCCCAGUGUCAGAGCAACUGGACGUGGUGGGGCGGGUGAUGCAGUAUGUCAGUGGAGCGGGCGUGACACACCAGCUUCCUGUAGCUGAAGCCAUGUUGACCUGCAGGCAUAAGUUCCCUGAUGAAGACUCGUAUCAGAAGUUUAUCCCUUUCAUUGGCGUGGUGAAGGUGGGUCUGGUUGAAGACUCCCCUUCAAUGACAGCAGGUGAUGGGGACGACUCACCUGUGGUCAGCCUUACUGUGCCCUCCACAUCACCACCCUCCAGCUCGGGCUUGAGCCGAGAUGCCACAGCCACGCCACCCUCGUCCCCGUCCAUGAGCAGUGCCCUCGCCAUUAUGGGGAGCCCCAACAGCCCCUAUGGGGAUGUGAUUGGCCUCCAGGUGGACUACUGGCUGGGCCACCCUGCAGAGCGGAGGAGAGAAGGUGACAAGAGGGAUGCCAGCUCCAAGAACACCCUCAAGAGUGUCUUCCGCUCAGUACAGGUUUCCCGCCUGCCCCAUGGUGGGGAGGGCCAGCUUUCUGGCACCAUGGCUAUGACUGUGGUCACCAAAGAGAAGAACAAGAAAGUUCCCACAAUCUUCCUGAGCAAGAAACCUCGAGAAAAGGAGGUGGAUUCCAAGAGCCAGGUCAUCGAAGGCAUCAGCCGCCUCAUCUGCUCUGCCAAGCAGCAGCAGACCAUGCUGAGAGUGUCCAUUGAUGGAGUUGAGUGGAGUGACAUCAAGUUCUUCCAGCUGGCUGCCCAGUGGCCAACCCAUGUCAAGCACUUUCCAGUGGGACUUUUCAGCGGCACCAAGGCCACCUGAGGGCACUGUCUCGUGGCUACUCUCUCCUGGCACUGCCACCAGCCUCACCGCCUGCAGGCAGGGGUAGGCCAGCAGGCCUGGGCCUCGCGUCCUCCCUUCCUGGCCCUGGGGCCUGCGUCUCCCUUGCCCAGUCCUGAAGGACACUGCCACUGGGGACACUGCUCCCCUCCCCUGUGCUCAGGCCCCUCUCUUCCUCCAUUUCUUCCUCACCUUCCUGCUCCAGGCCCAAGGCAUGUUGAUUUUGCCUCCUGGCGCCUGUCCCUGGAAUUGAGUCUGCCCGGCCCUCCUUCAUCUACCUUCCAGCCCCUCCCUCCAUGUGACACCAGUUUCCUUCCUGGAAAUAGGACCUGGGAUCCUGGCCCACAGCUGAGAGUCGAGCCCAGCCCUCCCCUCCACAUCAGGAUCUCAUUUUUUAAAACCCAGCUGCCAGACUCACCUGCCCCCCUGAACUGUGGCCCACUCACAACUGCUGCAGGCUCUCCCGCCGGGGGGUGAGAGCCCAUAGGACUCCCCCUUUCCCGGUCACAGAGCAGCCCCAGCCCUCCUCACCCCAGGACAGUGUUUCUGUGGCCAUACCGUACCGGGUAUUUCUGGGAUGCAGGGCCUCCUUGCCUCCCCUGCACGACUCCCUCACCACCCCAGGCCCCUGGAGAUGUUGCACGCAUCCUUGAGCGUUUCUUUGGUUCUCUGCAUGGCCCAUCUCGGUAGCUCCAUGUGCCUCGCCUGGACACCAGUCCCCAUCCUUGUGGCUCCCCUCUUUGAUGACUCCUACUCUGCCUCCCAUCCUUCUGCCUCUCCCCGAAACCUGGAGAGAGGGAGGCAGACCCCCACCCAUGAAUUGUCUGUAACCCUCUAUCUCCCUGUUCCCUCCAUUUUGUCCCUUUGUCUCCCUUUCCUGGUCCGGUCUGUCCUUCUCAUGCCUGGGCCCCAGCCUCCCUCCAGCAGACGCCGUCCUCAGUCCCGCCCUACCGCACACCCAGGUCCGGCCCUCCGUGGCCCCGGGGGAGGAGCUGCGUACAGAGGGCUGCCCGCCCACAGCACUCCCGGAGCUUUUACACUUGCCCUCCCAUCCCUCCCAGAGGUUUUCGCACAGAACUUCAUUUGGGGAGGUGUUGUUCUCAUUCUCCGGCCCUCCCCAAAACUUCUGCAGGCCUUACCCUAGCUCAGCCCUGCUGUCCAGAACAUCGCCUGGGCUGCUCUCUCUCAGGCCAGAGAGAGGGGUGGGGUGCAAAGGACUGAGUGGAUGGUGGGUUUUUCAUUCAAUAAACUGGUGAUUUCUUAC